CCCUGUGGGGCCCGUGCCCUCUGGCUCCACGCUCUGAAUCAGAACACCUCCGCUGUGGUUGGUUUGUGCAACUCUCUUGCUGCCCACGUUUGUGUCUUCAUGUGCACGGUGUCAGCCCAGGUUUGCUGUGUCUGCAAAUGCUGUGUGCAUUGGAUGACAUGCAGAGAUAAGCAGGUGCGGGUCUUUGCUAAUCCCUUCCCACCUGAGUGGGAAGUGAGACUAAGGGACACAGGAUAGGGCCCUGGGGCCACUGCACCUGCAGGGGUGGGAGGGCUGAGGCAGCCGGGUCCCCCUCCUGUACCACCCGGCUAGAGAUCACUGGCAGUUAGCUGCCAUCCAGCAUCCUUGGAGUGGGGGGCGCACCAAGCCCUGGCCCCUUAAGGGCUGAUGAGCUAUAUAGGGUCCACCUGUAGGGCCCUCGAAACCUGCAGCAGGCCCAGCAGGAGACAGAAGAUGGAGGAGGUCAUUGCCGGGUUGGAGCGCCUCACCUUCGCCUUCGAGCAGGAUGUGGAGCUGCAGAGAGGCACCGGGCUCCUGCCUUUCCAGGGCAUGGACAAGUCGGCCUCAGCCAUGUGCGUCUUCUUCGCUAAAGGGCUCUGUGGGAAAGGGAAGCUCUGCCCCUUCCGGCAUGAGCAGGGUGAGAAGAUGGUGGUGUGCAAGCACUGGCUGCGCGGGCUCUGCAAGAAGGGCGACCACUGCAGGUUCCUGCACCAGUACGACGUCACCAGGAUGCCCAGGUGCUACUUCUACUCCAAGUUCGGUGACUGCCACAACAAGGAGUGCACGUUUCUCCAUGUGAAGCCAGCUUCCAAGUCCCAGGACUGCCCUUGGUAUGACCAAGGCUUCUGCAGGGAUGGUCCCCGGUGUAAAUACCGCCAUGUCCCCCGGAUAAUGUGUCUCAACUAUUUCAUUGGCUUCUGCCCUGAAGGACCCAAGUGCCAAUUUACCCACCCCAAGAUGAACCUCAAAUUCAACCCGAGUUACACAAAGCUUGUCAGGCCAUGGGACUCAGCUCCUCCUGAUUCUGGUGUGGAAGCCCACAAGCCCCCUUCACCAACUCCGGGCUUAAAAGCAGGGCCUGUGCUACAGAAAACCCGCCACGUUGCCGUGGGGUUCGGUGAGACUUGGCCACCAGAGGCUCUGAAGAACCCAAGGCCUGGGGAACGGCAGAUCCAGUGAAGGCACUCAAGAGCACGUGGUGGGAUGCAGCUCACCACGUUUGGGGUGAGGCCAGCCCCAGCCUUGGGGCCGAGCCAGCCUGCCCUACCUGGGUGUGAGUCUUUCCAUCCUGUGAACAAGCAGAUAAAGCACCGUGGCAGGACUGAGUAUGCGCAUGUGGAAUCUAGAGCUCCUAAGCAUGAACACCUACAGCCGCGUUCUGUGCACAAGGCGCCCGCAAACAGCCUUGAGGCUGCUGUACACGUGAUUAAACCCAAUGGUUCUUUGGCAUGAGAGCUGCUUCCCCGUGCAGCUUAUUUUUUCUAAGUUGUAGAUGGACACAAUACCUUUGUUUAUUGGACCCAAGUCUCACACACGCUACGCAAACGCUCUGCCACUGAGCCCCAGUUCCCCUGUGCGGCUUCCUUUAAGGGGAAUGCAUUCUGUGCCUUAUGUGGGGGCUCCAGGCAGGAGAUGGUACACAAAAGGCUUGUCCUGGCAAGGUAAGGAAGUGACAAGGAAUGCUCACUGUAAUGCUAUUUUUACUGUAAUAAUCAAAAAAUGCCAUUCAUUCCAUUGGGAAAGAAAGGUGGCAGCCAAGUUGACUUGCAGGGACAGAGAGGAAGACAGCAAUGGCAGGGGGUGUGAGAUAGUCUUCCCCACCUUUAGGAGGAGAGUGGCAGGUGGGGUGAAGGUGGUGUGAGGGUGCAGGGGUCAGGCCUGGGGGUUUGGAUGUCAGCUGGAGCCACCCAGGGCUGCUAACGUGGAAAGAGUGCCUUUCCACCAACAAAUCUCUUGUUCUGGAAUGUGUGUCAGCACAGGCUGUUGUGUGGAUGAGGACACCUGCUGGGCCCUCUGCCUAGGUGCAGGGCUUUGGGUCAGCUGCUGUGAGUUCCCACUCUGUCACCUGUGGCUGGAAGGAACAGACUUGCCGAACCUCUGCAAGGCAGGAACACUCUCCCCAAUUUACAGUCCAAAGGAAGCACCAGAAGUUGGUCAACCUGCCCAGCAUUGUUUAUUUUAUAAAAACAAAAAGAGUAGUGACCUUAGUAUGUGAGUUUCCACAAAGUACAGAAGAGCCUGUGGAUAAUACAACAGAGUGCUUUUAUUUUUAUAUUUUGUGGUGCUGGGGACCACACCCCAGGCUUCACAUAUGCCAAGCCCAUGCUGUAGCACUGCUACAUCCUGGGCCCUGGAAAUGAUUUUAUGUAUUAUUUUUAAAAAAUUUAUUUUAGUAGUUGUAGAUUAACAGAAUGUCUUUAUUUUUUAAUUUUUAUGUGGUGCUAAGUAUCAAAU